AUGGCUGUAAUCACUCCUCCUGGUAGCAUACCUUCGGUGUUCCAGCAGCGUACUAAAGAAAGUGUGGCUCUAGCCCUCGCGGCUUUUUAUGAGCCCCUAGCAUUUCAAAAGACGUUGCUGAAUUAUGCAGACGAAGCGAAAGCAACUGACCCCCAUGAUACUGUUAGCAAAGAAGUCACUCUUUACCCCUCUCUUCCUCAGCGCCAUGCUAUAGGCCACACAAUGGUGCGUGUAUCUCCAAACAGACCCAGCAACAGCGACAAAACCUCAUCGAAUUCGUGCCGUCCUUUCUCUGAUCCAGACUCCCUCCACGAGGCGUUUUUUUUCAAUCCACGCAUCAAUGCGUACACCAGUAUGUGGAACUCCAAUCUUAACCUUUGCCCUGUGUGUGCCCGUUACAAGCCGCCAAGGGCGCACCAUUGUAGCCAUUGCAAUUGUUGCGUACUCAAGUAUGACCACCACUGUCCAUGGCUGGGUCAGUGUGUGGGAUUUUUUAACUAUAAAAAUUACCUCCUCCUUUUGUUGUAUUCAUUGUUAUCGACGGCAUGGAUUCUCAUGCUGCUCACCACAGCCAUCGUCCUCUACGUCCUAGAUAAGUACCAGCCAAGCACACGUGCCAACACCUUGCCACCUGGUGAGUCGAUGCUAGGUGGUGUGCAUAGUGGUCAACUAAGCCAAACCUCAUUAACACGCACGUCAUCAAACGCUUCACCAUGGUUUUCAAUAUCUAUGUUAGACGAACUUAUGGUAGGACCACCAUCUUUUGGAGUGUUUUUCUGUUUUGCAGAAGCUUUGCUUUUUUUAUUCAUGACUAGCUACCUGCUGAAGCGACAUCACACUUAUGCACGGCAUAACGUCACAACAAUUGAUUUGGUUAUUCAUCAGCGACAUUUCUAUAAUGAAUCUAUCUUUUCCAAAUCAUCCGAUUCAGAACUUGGUUCAUUGGUAAAUACAGAAGGCACAGGUGAUUUCAUGUCUGCAAGUGGUGACCAGGAGGACACUGACAAAAACGACCUUUCCUUGAAGCGUUUCAUGCGGAAAAAUGUAUACGACUUAGGAGUACGGCGCAACCUUCUGCAAGUGUUCGGUGACGCCAAGCUACAUAUUGAUCUAACUUCCACAACCACCAGGAAGGUUGCUCAAGAAAGCAUUAACAAUUUCUCUCAGCAUAGCCAUCAUUACUUUGACCUUAUAGAGAGUGACGAGCAUCAGUAUCCUCAUUUCAUAGUUCGCUGGUGGUGGCGAUUGUUGCCUUUUCCAUCUUUUCCACCACAGAUGUCUUGGACUCCAAUAAAAGAAGGGAAACACCUGAAGGAUACUCCGUCGCCUCCGGCAUAUGGCUCCAUGUCGAAUACCCACGUGAAUAAUUCCCCAGAGAAUGGCAAGGUCGAAGGAAUAGUUUCGACCCACUCCAAUAGUAUUUUAGAAGAGUAUGGGGCCACUGAACUGCAUCUGUUAGGACUGCGGUUCCCAACUAGAGUUUCCCUUGGUUUGUAG